AUGGCAAAAUUGUACCAUCUCUUCCUUUUGACAUGUUUGGUGGUAACAAUAUCUACAUUAGUGCAUGCUAAUGUCAAAGAGGACAAAGCAUACUGGGAUAGGAUAUUACCGACGCUUAAUACUACAUAUUGGCAGAAAAAAGCAUCAAUUGCUGCGAAGGCAAACGACAAAGCUUAUACUCCUGACCCAUAUGCAGUCUCCGGAAAUCUGUCUUCUACUGUUAGCGAAAUGAUAAUUGGUGGCAUUAACGGAAGAAGGAAUUUGGUGGGGUUGGGCAAUAGUUCAUGCAUGGCCACAAACCCCAUUGAUAGGUGUUGGAGGUGUGAUCCUAACUGGGCAAACAACCGCAAGAAGCUUGCAGAUUGUGUGCAAGGUUUUGGAAGGAAGACUACUGGUGGAAAAGACGGUCCUAUCUAUGUGGUAACUGACCCCUCAGAUAGUGACUUGGUGAAUCCACGUCCUGGUACCCUUAGGCAUGCAGUUACAAGAAAUGGGCCUUUGUGGAUCAUCUUCGCUCGUAGCAUGAAGAUUAGGCUCAACCAGGAGCUCAUAAUGGCAGGUAACAAGACCAUUGAUGGACGAGGAGCUGAUGUUACCAUUGCUAAUGGUGCUGGUAUUACUAUCCAGUUCAUCGAGAAUGUGAUCAUCCAUGGGAUCAAAAUUUAUGACAUUAUGGUUGGAAGUGGUGGACUUGUUAGAGAUAGUGAGGACCAUUAUGGUCUAAGGACUAUUAGUGAUGGUGAUGGAAUUUCAAUUUUUGGCUCAAGCCAUAUUUGGAUUGACCAUGUUUCCAUGAGAAACUGCAGAGAUGGACUCAUUGAUGCCAUUAUGGGAUCCACUGCUAUUACCAUCUCCAAUAGCCAUUUCACAGAUCACAACGAGGUAAUGUUGUUUGGUGCAAGUGAUACUUAUGACGGUGAUCAGAAAAUGCAGAUCACGGUUGUAUUCAAUCGCUUUGGUAAGAAAUUAAUUCAAAGGAUGCCAAGGUGUAGAUUUGGUUUUAUCCAUGUGCUUAACAAUUUCUACAAUCGCUGGGAAAUGUAUGCCAUUGGUGGCACCAUGCAUCCUACCAUUAUUAGUGAGGGUAACAAAUUCAUAGCCCCUAACAAUGGCCAUGCUAAAGAGCUACUGGUUGCAUCAUUUACAAAGAAAUCUAAAGGAGUUCCCUAUAAAAUACUAUUUUGGUUUUUCAUUGUACUUAUAACAAAGAGGACGUUAGUACCAGAGGCAGAGUGGAAAACCUGGCAAUGGAGAUCAAUCAACGACUUGUACCUGAACGGAGCAUUUUUCAGACAAAGCGGAGCUGAGCUGAUUAACAGACCAUUCUCAAAUAAGGACAUGAUCAAAGCUAAGCCUGGAUCUUAUGUUGGAAGGCUUACUCGUUAUUCUCGCAGCCUUAGAUGCAGGGUGGGGAAGCCUUGUUAG